AUGACUUCCAGAAUCGAUAGAUCCAAAGCCUUAAUUUGGAAGAAUGACGAGAUUAUCGAGAAUUAUAGACUGGAGCUUAAGACGGUGCUUUGUUGUUGUACGCCGGAGAUUGAAGAGUCUUACGCAAACUUUGUACAGUCUGGCUGUAUCGUGAGCUUCGUGGACAAGCUAAACCAUGACGCCGGCUUUAAAGAUACCCAGGACAACUGGAAUGCUGCUGAAAAUGAAGUAUUUCUGUCACAAGAGCUCAAGUCUUUGUACACCGCGGAGACUACCGCUUACGACACUUUGCAAAAACACCAGGGUAAAAUCUUACCACGUCUAUUGGCUAAAGUCACAUUAGAUCUGGAGCCGUCGAGUGCUCAAGUGCACAGCGACAUAUUAGAGCACAUGCAGAUUAAAGGCAUUCUGCUUCAAUAUCUACCCGGAUCUACCUUGUCAGCAUUGGACCAACAUGUGCCUCAGCCAGCAUGGCAAGAUCUGAUUGACGAAGCAGUCCGCAUUGCUCAUACGCUAGGCGAUUGUAAUGUCCUCAACUCAGACGUCCGCCCUGAUAAUUUCAUGGUCGUGCCAGCGGUAAAUGACAAAUACCACGUCUUUAUGAUCGACUUGGGCCAGUGCCGAGUGCGUCGAGCUGAUGAGUCUGACAAAGAAUGGGGUCGAGCAAAAUGGCAACAAGACGAAGAAGGGGCUAUAGGAAUGGGUAUGAGGCAGCGGCUGCACAAGAUUGGCUACUAA